CAGCAAAAGGCGCGAAGAGUACGCAGACGGCGCCAGCCGACGAAAAAGAGAUCGCCGGAGCCCGGAGGUGGAUGCCCUGCUCUGCUCGUCGAUAUCACGUUGCUUUGGAACUCUAUCAAGUUUCCGUUUUUCUCAUGGAAGAAUCAGCUUGUUGAACUUGAUCAAACAUCUUUUCUGUCAUGGAGGAAGCAACCGAGAUGGAAGAACAUGCCAACACAGCCCACCAGGAUUCCGAUUCCAAUAGAGUUGUAUUGCCUAGUUUGGUACCUUAUGUUGGCAUGGAAUUUAGAAGCUCAGAUGAGGCUUGGUCAUAUUGGCUUAGCUACGGUGGGCAGAAAGGCUUUGAGGUUAGGAAAAGGUAUACUAACAAAAGUUCAGCCGAAGGCAAGGUUACAUCAUGUAAAUUUGUUUGUGCAAAUGAGGUUCAGCGAGCACAAGACAAAAGGGAUCAUUUGACAGAGUGCCCUCGAGCUGAAACUAGAACCAAUUGUGAAGUGCACAUGAAGCUUAAAAUGGACCGGAAGAAGGGAAAUCUCAAAGUGUCGGAGCUGGUUUUGGAACACAACCACACACUACACCUAGCAGAAACCUUACACUUAAUGGUGUCACAAAGAAAAAUUUCAGAGUUACAAGCUUUUGAAAUUGCAACAGCAGAUGAUGCGGGAAUUGGGCCAAAAGCCGCACAUGAGUUGGCUAGUCGCCAAGUUGGUGGACCACUCAAUCUUAGUUAUACCCUCCGUGAUCACAAGAACCAUUUGCGGACCAAGCGCCAACGAGAAAUGGCAUAUGGCCAAGCGGGUAGCAUGCUUAAGUAUUUUCAAGACAAAAUUGCUGAAAACCCAUCUUUCCAAUAUGCAUUGCAAAUGGACUGUGAAGAACAAAUAGCGACCAUAUUCUGGGCUGAUGCUAGAAUGAUCAUGGACUAUGCACAUUUUGGUGAUGUUGUUAGUUUUGACACUACUUUUGGAACAAACAAGGAGAGUAGGCCCUUUGGUGUCUUUGUCGGAUUCAAUCACUUUGGCGCUGGACAAAGGAAGCACGAAGUGGAACUGUACAAGACAAACAAGGAAGAAAUAUCGUCUUAAAUCCGAAUAUGGAUGCCAUGCUUAGCUACAAAUAUAUCUCCCACAAAUUGCAUAAUUUGGCAGAUCGAGCAGCCUACUUUCCGGAAUGUGUCGUGUUAGUAGACAACACACAUGACAUCCUUGGUAAGCAAAUUGAAGAAAAAAUUAAUGCAUGUGCAAGCACAUUGGGGUAUCCGUGUACAAUUCCGAUAGAUGCUAGCCCAUCAAAUGACUUGUUGACUAAUGCACGUCUAAAGAAAAAGGAGGUCCAAACAAAGAGUUCAAAACUGAUUUUUUUUGGCUCGAUAAGAAGCACAAGGCUAGGAAAAAGAGAGAAAGCAGAGCUACAUCACAGUUGGGUGAAGAGAUGCAGGAGGUCGGGGAAGUGGCAGGUGGUGGUGGUGCACAAGUUACAAAUGAUAAGAGUUUAUAGGGAUAAUGCAGAGGUGCCUGAAGGUUACAAGACCAACCUUAGCUUCACUCAGUUGCUGAUGGGGCCAAUUACAGAUGAUCUUUUCACUGGGUCAUGGUGAAGUACUGUUGUUUUUGGGCAAAUGAAUAAGAGGGCAUUGGUGUGCAAGUUCAAUUCUGGGCAACACUACUUGACAUUGAGUUCAGUCCAAGUUCAGUUCUAGACAACAUUUUGCCAUUCGCUUCAGUCUAAUUAUGCACAUGUACAAGUCGAACUUCUGUACAAGUAGAAAUUAAAAUGCUCAAUCUCCAGCCAUAUCUCCCAGAGAUAUGUUUUGGCAUCUAUUUUGCUCAAUCUCAGUCACUUUUUAUGAUAAUUGUACAAUCUAUUUUGCUCAAACUAUUCACUGAACUCCAAUCUCAAAUGACAUUGCAAACUGAAUUUAAAUUCAGUCACACUAUUCAUUACACAUUACUUUUGAUUUAAAUCAAUUACAAUCUCAAAUUGGCAUUUGGCUUUGUCUCUGUUGCCAUUGCUUCCUCUGCUGGUUCUGUCCAACUAAAACUGAAGUAGCAGGGAACUUCCAACAAAAGUCCAGAGCCUGAGUAGCCAACGGCGUUGGAUUCGUGGCCUAGAAAGCUCGACGGCGCGACGAUGCUUGCUCCGGCGGGUCGCGGGGCAGUGGCUUGCUCCUCCCCCUCCACAGCUAGGCGCGUCGCGGCCUGACGGAGACAGCGCGGGCUUCGUGACCUCGAUAGAUUGAUGGCGGCGAUGUAGCUUGCUUCGCGGCUCUGGGGCGUGGCUAGGAGGCGUCGCACCCUGAAGGAGCAGCGGCUGCCCUUCCCCGCCGGCCAGCGUCGCACCUUGAAGGAGCAGCGGCUGCUCUUCCCCGUCGCGCCUGAAAGGUGAGCGAGGCGACAACGACCGGCCGAACACCUUUUUUUUGCAGUGACGCGCGAGCGAGGAGUUCUGGGCGUGCUGGGCCGUAUGGGCUGCUUG